UAAUUUUGUCUACAAGUGUUUAAUAUUAAAACUUUGACAAAUAAAUAGUGAGCGAUGUCUAAAUUGGUGAUAAUCGCGGUAAUUGUGGUGAUAUGUGGUGUGGUUUGGGCCGACUUUGAGCCCGAGAACCGGCCAAAUAUGAGACGCUUGGCACCCGUCAUAUGCGGAUCCAAAGUGUCUGACAGUCAGAAGAAGAUUAUCGAGAAUUGCGCUAAACUGUUGCCCUCAAGUGUGCGAAAUGGAUAUAAAUCGUGUGUUAAAGACGUGCUAAAAGUGUCUAAAAUGACAAAACCGGGCCUUUGUUACCGAAUUCAGCCAGGUGGCGAAAAGGUAUACCUAAAUGUCAAUUUAAUUUAUGCACCUAGAUAAUUAUUUGGC